UGAUUUAGACUGUGAUAAAUUUGUGAAAUGCCUCCGAUCAGAAAUCGCAAUCGGCCUAAUCGGCAGGAUUAUGAUGAAUCCUUACCAGAGAAUUGGACGGUAAAUAAACUUCGGCAGGAAUUGAACUUGAAAGGUAUAACACCGCCACAAAAUACCAGGCGCAGUGUUUUAGUGUCCCUAUACAAACAAGCGACAAAUGAAGAAUCGGGACAUUUGACAGACUCGAUAAGAAGUCACGUGACACCUUCACCUAGCGGACCCUCACAUAAUGGACCCUCACCAAGCCAAGACGUGAGAACUGAACUAUUGGGCGUGGUAAGAGAUUUAACAACAACAGUCCAGAGUCUCCAGAGCAGCAUGAUUUCUCUAACAGAAAGGGUUAAUAACAUGUCGAGACCACAACCAACGAUACCCGCUGCCGCUGGAAGCGCUGAACAAUUACGCCAGACUGGGGUUCAAAACACUAUGGCACGAGUUGACGUGGUAAGCGGAACUCCUCGGGAGCCUACAGAGACGGAAAACUACACUCUGUCAACAGCGUGGGCCGACCAAAAUUCUACCAAAACAGUGGGAGUCAAGACUACAUACGGAUAUUCUGCGGAAUCGUUACCCUAUGUAGAAACAAUUUCACCAAAUCUAAGGAAACAAAUUGUUGAAGAUGGACAAAUUUCGGAAGCUAGCACCAGAAGCAGACAAACAAGCUACAGCCUGUCUUCCUUACCAGGAGAUCACAAUGUAAAAGAUAUAGAGACUCUAUGGAAUGCAGCUAUUAGUCCACAGACUGCGAGAGCAUAUUCAACUGGUGCGGCCACUUCUGCUGCUGAAGCUGGUAUUCAGGACCAUCUCAUACAGACUCUAGGGCGUUGGUCUUCAAAUUGUUAUGUUCGAUACAUAAGAACUGAUGAAAAAGUGCUUAAAGAAGCACAGGAAAAAAUGUGUAAUGGUAAAUAAUGUUAGUGUGUACAAUGUUUUUACCAGUUCAUUUGUGUUCUUAUACCUAUGUCAUUGUAUCACUUAGUUAUAGUUUUUAUCUGUUUAAAAUUGGCAUUUAUUUUCUUUGGGGGCUCUCACUCAUUAACCAAGGUUAAAUCGUUCAAUUUGGACAUUAAAAUUCCCAUAUUUGGAAUUUUUUCAUCCCCCAAUUUCAAAUAACGCUACUUAAUUAUCGACUCGUAAUUAGUAAGAAAUUUAAAUUUGUGUAUUCAACACUCCUAAGGCCUGCUGUGCUCUUACCAGGCUGUAUACAUCAAAUGAAACUUACAUAACUUACCUGCCGGGCUCCCCCCAGGUACUUUAUACAUUAAAUCAUUAUCAACCUGCUGGGCUCCCCCCAGGUUUUUAAUGGAGUACUAAAUGAAACUUACAUAACGUAACCUGCUGGGCUCUCCCCAGGUACUAUAUACUUGAAAUUAUCAUCAACCUGCUGGGCUCCCCCCAGGUUGAAUAGAGUAUACCCAUUAUUUUAUUGAGUAUCUAUGAUUGCCUGCUGGGCUCCCCCCAGGUAUCAAGCCCGGAACCUGCUGGGCUCCCCCCAGGUUCUGGGGUAACAAUCAAUAACCUGCUGGGCUCCCCCCAGGUUAUUUAAUAUGCUGUUAAGAUUAAGAGAGAGCAGCCCCCAAGAUGCCAAAAAAAUUUGUACAUUUUUGUAUAUUUUUAAUUUGUUAUUUUGCUGUUUUGUAAUGUAAAUAUGCUGUGUAUGUAGUGUUAAAAUGUAUAUAUUUAUUGGUUCAACUUAAUAAAUCUGAACCUUAUCAGGGUGUCAUGUUGUGUAUAAAAUGUAAAUUUAUUUAAUUUUUGUUUAUACACAACUGUCUUUGUUAUGUACUGUGUGAACAGAGCUGUACCUAUUUACGUAAUCUGUUAGCAUGUGCUUGAGCUGUUUAUAAACUAAACCACGUGAUCGUCUUAACCAAUCAAAAUCCUAGAAAGGGACGCUAACUUAGUCAAUGUUUUGUAAUUGAAGUAGCCAGAAUCUGUAUCUUGAUCGUUUUGUUAUCCCACCCACCACCCCUUCAUCUCCUAUUGUUUAUGUGCCAAGUUAAUAUCUUCAUGAUGAUGAUACAGUAUGUUCAUAUAUAUUUACAUGCCUAA